GAUGAGUAGCCAGCGUUCUUGAAAGUUUGAGAGUAUCUAUCAGCGUAUCCAAAGGGGUAGUUGGAAUCCAGCCAGCCACAACAAAAUUAGAGCAGAAAAUGGUGUCAUUUCAUCAAUUAAAGUGCCAACAAAAAGUGAACAAGUCUUCCAUAUUGCGUACUUGACCCGGCCAACCAGCCAAACUGCAAUCGUAAAUACCUGGAAGAAAAUCAAGAAUCUGGGAGCCCGCUCAUGGUUUCUAUGGAGGUGUUGAGGAAUGAGCUUCCAGUUGAGCAGGAAAUUCUUCAUCUUUCCGGUGAAGUUAAGAUCGGUUUGGUGCUUGUUGAUAUCGUUAAUGGCUUCUGCACCGUUGGUUCUGGAAAUCUCGCCCCACAAGCACCUGAUAAGCAAAUUGCUGGAAUGGUGGAUGAAUCUGUGAAACUUGCAAAAGAGUUCUGUAAAAGGAAUUGGCCUAUAUAUGCUUUGCUUGACUCUCAUCAUCCAGAUGUUCCGGAGCCCCCUUAUCCUCCUCACUGUAUAGCCGGAACCGAUGAGUCAAAGCUGGUUCCUGCUUUGCAGUGGCUGGAAAAUGAACCGAAUGUUACACUUCGGUGCAAGGAUUGCAUCGAUGGAUUUCUUGGUUCACUGGAAAAGGAUGGCUCCAACGUCUUCAUCAAUUGGGUCAAAGCCAACAAGAUAAAAUCUAUAUUGGUUGUAGGGAUUUGCACAGACAUAUGUGUCCUGGAUUUUAUCUGUUCGGCACUGUCUGCUAGAAACCGUGGACUACUUUCUCCUUUGGAGGAUGUCGUUGUGUAUUCCCAUGGUUGUGCUACUUUCGAUCUUCCGCUACAUGUUGCUAGAAAUAUCAAAGGUGCUCUAGCUCAUCCUCAGGACCUAAUGCAUCACAUAGGACUUUACAUGGCCAAAGGCAGAGGAGCAAAGGUGGUUUCAGAAGUUUCAUUUGAUAUAUAGCAAUAUCAUCUGCUCGUUCUCUAUUACUAUGUAUAUAGAACCUUGCUGUUGCCAGUUUUCAUUUUAGCCACUUCAGAAACAACUUUUUACCAAUUCUUAUCGAUCUUGUGUUUCUGAACUGCCUUUGCAGCAUAAUCAACUAUAUUGUCCAGUUUUUGUCUAUGCAAGACAUAGUUAAGACAAACAAAGUGUUCAUUCGCCACUUCUAA